GUGGGCCAAUGGUGCUCCUCGUUAGAGAGAGCACCUGCCUAUGCGCUCUAGGGAAUAUAAUCAGUGACGGGCAGCACUGGGAUCGGAUCCGGAAGUCGUCCGCGCUGCCCGGGUAACGGCGCGUGGAUGGAGAUGAAGAAACACAAGGAGAAAUGCCAACGGAAAAGAGAUGCGCGUGGAAAUGAAUCGUCACGCCUGGAAGAAGCUCCGAAUGACGUGGACUUGGACCAAGUCAAGAUUUGUCAAAAGAAAAGAUGUGUAAAGCACAGAGCGGAAUCCAGGAGUGACGAUGCCCAAACGAAAACGUCUGAUGGUGGUUCGCGGUGCGAUUCUUCUCGGGUUGCGCGGGACGGCGGCGAGCACCAUUGCAAGCACGGUGAGCGGAGGGAAGGCAAAUCUCGACGACGAAGUGAGGAGGAGGCGACAGUUGCACCUCAGCGGAGAGAAGACGUGCGUGCCUGUUCCAGAAGCGGCGACGCCGAGAGCAAGGGAGUGAAAAGGAAGAAGAAAAUGAAAAACGCUGACGAUAAUUUGACGCCAACUUGGCAACGAGAAGAAGGGGCUUUGCAGUCGGACCGUGAAGAGGAAACUGCGAAGAGUGAGAAGAAAUCGAGCAGGAAAAGGAAACAAACUGCAGCUGAUGGAGGAAGUCAUUUAGAAGACAUUGAGCCUCCUCCUGUGGAGGAAAGACCUCGCAAAAAGAGAAAACGCAGGGAAAUGAGCAUUGCGGUGCCUGACGGACAUGCUUCUUCUGAAGGGACAGUUGUGUCAGAAAGUUGUCCGAUGGAAUCGCCCGUGAAUCCCGAGCCAUCCUCAAGCUCCAACAGGAAGAAGAAGAAGAAGAAAAAGAAGAAGAUGGCAAAGGCGUACCAAUCUGGAGGUGACCAGGGUGGUGUAAUAGCACAGAAUACUGCGGGCACAAGGAGCAAGAAGCAUGGCAAGAAGAAAAAACGGCGUGACCUUGAGGAGGGCUUCCCCAUUGAGCCACUUCCCACAUUGAGAACCGAGAACACUGUCACCAAUGAACAUCGCCAGAUAAACGUGUCCCACACUGAAGAGGUUGUUGAUGAAGUAGAUCAAGAAAUGGGGGAUGAGGAGGAAGAGGAGGAAGAGGUUAGGCAUCUCGAGAAUUAUGAUUACCAGGUCAAGUUCAUGAGUAAAUUAAUUCCUGGCUUUGCACGUAGAGUGCAAGUGCAUAUUAAUCGUGCCCUCAAAUAUGACUAUCAUCGUUUUAAGGAGUUUGAAAAGAGAGGAAUCAAGGUCCGGUUUGGGCGUUUCAGCAAGGCAGAGGUGGAACAGCUGCACAUGAACGUGCGCGACUUUAUUCGUGACCACGGUGCCUUCACGGAUCCACAGAAACUAUUCAUGCCCUCGUACUUCCCUGCGGAGAAGAAAUUAAUCUUAAAAUACCGAUUGCAGAACAACUUCUUCUAUUACCUGCUUCGGGGUAUUUCAAGACCACUGAAGCAGAUAUUAGAACGAGGGAUGACUUUAUAUGAAUGCGAAGACCUUAAAUCUGGAAGGUACUCGGAAGAAGAGUUGAAGCAGCUGACACAGCUCACCCGGGAGUUAGGUCCACAUUGGACUCCCAUUUCACGAAUCAUGCAGCGCAGGAAGAAGAACCUGCUCAUCAAAUUCAAUUUGAUGACCGAUGGUUCGGCCAAGGGCGUUUGGAGUGAUGGGGAGGUUGAGAGUCUGCUGCAGGCAAUGAAGGACUACCUGCAAGCUCAGCAGCAGCAGCAGCACAAUGGGGUGGACCAACUCAACACAGAUUCCGAACAUACGAUCCGUAUCCUGCAGAGAUUUCUCUACUCCGACAUUCCCUGGAGACACGUUUCCGCCAAAGUGAACAACAGAAAUUCUUACCAGUGCAGGGCAAAAUGGAUGGCCGUUCUUUGCAAUCGGUUGACAAAGAUCACACCACUGGUGUAUGGAUGGCAAGGCGAUACAUCCAGAAUACAACUCAUUCAGAGUUUGUACAACUUGGAAGUUGAAGACAGUGCGGAUAUUGACUGGGAUGGAAUCGGCCAAAAAAUGAAGAUACCACCAUGGUUGCUACAAAGGAAGUUGUUCGGACUGAAAUUUUUCCACGUUCCCAACUGGAGAAAUAAGACCUUUGGAGAGAUAAUUGAUGUCCUGCACGACAUCUAUCUACCUCAGCUUCUGAAGAAACAUGACAUUGGGCAGUUAAGCGCAGAAGUGGAACCAACAGAAGUUCUCCUCAAACAACUUUUUAAUUAAAUUUUGAUUUGAAGCUUUCGUGACUGCAGGGAUUCAUAUUCCUGAUUCUUUCGGUAAAGUCACCACGUUAGAAGGGAAACAGUAAAAUAAUAAAAAUAUAA